AUGUCGACUCCCAAGAUCGAGAUCUAUACCGGCCCUUGGGUCGAUUGGUCCAAGGGUGCGCUUCUGGGCAGCACCAUUACCCUGUCUAGAGGUACUGCUCCCAUCUUUACUGCAUUCCUGGCCUUCUUCAUUACUAUCGUUGGGGCAUGCCUCUGGCGGAGCAUUUGCUUCACCAUCCAUCAGAUCUCUGCUUCGCCCAAGCCAAAGGAUGGCAUGCACCAUCAGCAUCAACUGAUCUUGAGGAACACCUCGUCACCAACGGAGGCUACGCGGGCUUUCUUUGAAUCUGCCUUUUUCUGGCGCAAUCUUGCGCUGACUGCCUCGUCUAUUCUCUCCUCUCUAGUCGCCCAGAGCUCUGGAUCUCAUCGAUUGAUCACAAGCAAUGACUGUGGCUACUUCGCCUACGACAACUCCUCUUCUCUCGAAGUGCGAACCAAGGCCAUGACAUCGAAAGACCUGAAUGAUACCGUCCUUGCUUCAUCCUAUGCUCGAACCUGUUACGAAGGCAAUGAUAAACUCAACAAGCUCCAGUGCUCGAGCUACGUCAAGCCUGCCUUGAAAUGGACGGCGCCGAAGAACGCAUCAUGUCCCUUUGAUCACUCUAUGUGCAAAGACGGCCUCGUUUACCAGCUCGACACCGGUAUCAUCGAGUCCCACGAAGAUCUGGGCAUCAACAUGCCUUCCUCUGGUCGCAUUGGCUUUCGCAAAGUUACCACCUGUGCUCCCAUCGUGCAAGAUGGUUUCGUGUCCAACCAAACGAGCGAAGGGACAGAUGGCUUGGGCCUAGAAGGCGACAAUGUUCGCCAGUACCACUAUGGUGGCAUUGCUGCGGUUGGCCUCGACAACACGACGUACUGGUAUAAUACCCACGCGUUCGUCGGCGGCUGGGGGUACGAGCUCGAGUCCAUCACCGCAUCUCCCGGUUCUGUCGGCUGGGCCCCUAUUCCCGAGCUAGCUCGCUCCGAUGCCGAUGUCACUCUCAUCUUCCUCGCCGCCAAUGCUAUCAAAUACUACGAAGCAAACUCCGACCCUUUUUACUCCUCGAAUUUCGAAGCCAACGCCGGCACCUUGCUUGGUAGCGAUGUGAGGUACUAUAUUGCCGAUGAAUUCGUUUCGGUCAUGGGCUGCACAGACCAAUACCAAUACUGCCAUCCCUCCUCACGCUCCGGCCCCGACAAGUGCACACCCCUGGCAGACUACGCGACCGCCUGGGCUUCCAUCUACGACGACAAACUCAGCUUCAACGACGUCCAACAAUUGGUCGCCAGUCGCAUUGGACUCAAUUCCCGCGGCUUCAGCAUCCACCAUGGCAUCGGUGGCCGGGGAGCCUCCGCACUGCGCGCUCAGGACUACGUCUCGGACCGCAAUCAGCUCCAGAUCCGCCCAGAUCAGUGGCAGGUCGAGAUCAACAGCUGGUUUGAUGUCGGCCUGGCCAAGCUGCAACGCGCGAUGGUCCAGUAUGCCACAGGCCCCGGCUUUACGCCCGAGGGCACGUUUGUACAGAAGCCUCAACCAGAUGAAAUCAUCUCUCGCGCCAUGUGCGGCAGCCAGAUGGUGCGGGUGACGGACGGCACGACCUCUUUCUCUGUCCUGGGCAUAUCGAUCAUCUUCGCCGUCGGCACACUGAUCAUUUUGACCUACCUCGUGCUCGAGACGCUCGUCAGCUCCGUCCAGCGCAAGUUCCACUGGGGCGACUAUCGGCGCGUGCGCUGGGGCAUGGACGACAAGCUGCAGGUACAGCGCAUGGCGUUCGAGGGAGCGGGCAUGGGUGGCGAAUGGAAGAACCUCUCCGGCAUGGUACCCGUGACGGCGAAAGCAGAGGAGUUUGCCGGGCUCGAGCACGUUGAUCCGGAAAAGCCUAGGCUCGGGGGUCAGUGGAAUCAGUCGACGAAGGCGACACGGAGCAGUAUUAGCUCCCUGGGCGAGGUGCAUCAUCAUGGGUUGGCUAAACCGGUGCAGAUGGCGGCUAUGCCUGUUUAUGACCGCCUGUCGCAGCAGGCUGUUGAUUACCUGAGUUCGGUGUACCAGCCGCUGCCGGCGCAUGCUUAG